AUAUUUUAUUUUGUAAAAAUCGAUUAGUUUUUUUAUUAGUAGAAAUUAAAUCAUUUCAAAUACUUUAUCUCCUUACCGUGCAGUUUAUUUGUGUGUAACAAUGUCUGAGUAUCAAUUUGACGUAAUAAAAUUGUUAAAGUAUAGGAAAAUGGGUAUAUUUUCAUGUCAAAGUUGAUAAUUCUUUUGUGAUCAUACAUGAUAAACUUUAUGACGUAUUGCUGGUUUAUAUUUUUAGUGUAAAGAGUUUGUGAAAAUAUAUAAAAAUGGAAACAUCAAUAAAAUCAGAAACUGAAAGGAAUGAGGAGGGCGAGGAAACUGCGGCAGUCUCCCCAGCGCCCUCUGGACCUCUCAAAUUCAUCAGCGUAACAAGUUCUAUACUGACAGAGGAACAACGAGAGAUGUACGAAUCAGUUCUUUCAACAUGGAAACCAGUGAUGUUUCCCAAACGUACCAAACAGUACAUCUGCCAGAGAUGUAACAAAGAAUUUAAAAACUACCAAAAUCUAUACCUUCAUACUACAAGAGUACAUUCUUCCGAAGAUUCUGCGGUGAUCUGUGACAUUUGCGUCAAAACAUUUAAAAAUAAACACUACUUAUACAUGCAUAGAAUGAACAAACAUUACUCUGAAUCGGAAAAAUGUUACUGUCAGUUCUGUUUCCAAGAGUUUCGCACAAGGAGGGCUUUACAUAUGCAUGUUAAACGUGCCCACCCCGCCACAUUACCAGAAAUAAAGUGUCCUGUAUGUGGUAAACAGUUCAGUGUACCGUACAAACUACGUCAUCACAUGGAUUCAUGUCACAUCGAAGAUAAAGAUAAAUAUCAGUGUCCUCUUUGUCAGAAACUUUACAAAACACAUUUGAACUUAAACAGACAUCUACACUUCCAACAUUCGCAAGUUGAAAGACACCAAUGUGUGUUCUGUCCGAUGACAUUCAAAUCUCGUCAUCAUAUGAAGAGACAUAUUUUAAAUAUACAUCCCCCCUUAGAAUCUAAAGUCCAAUGUCCCGAAUGUCUUAAAGAGUUUAAGAAUGAUCAAUAUUUGAAGGAACAUAUGCAAGUUCAUACAUCACUAGAAAAUAAAGUGAAAUGCGACCAGUGUGAUAAAUAUUUCCAUUCAGCUGUACGUUUAAAGAAACAUAAGAAGAUAGUACAUCCAGAUAAACCUAAGUUGCGUUGCGAGAAAUGUGAUAAAGAGUUUGCGCACGCGCAUUAUUUGAAGCGGCACAACAAUUCUGUGCAUUUAGAUGUUGAUGAAACUAAAUAUGAACACGAAUGUCCUCAAUGUAACAAGAGAUUCAAGAUUAAAAGAUAUUUGAAUAACCAUUUACAGAGACAUGAACAGCAACAUUUGAAACGGAUCUCACAGAUGGUGAAGACUGUGAUGGGUGAUGAACGUAAAGCUGGUAACCCACCGAAGAGAAGGGGUAGACCGAGGAAAGUUCACAAGGAAUUUGAAUUUAUAAAAUGUGAACCUGUUAGUAGUUCCGAAUCUGAAUCUGAUGAUACUGAAAGUGAAUCUGAAUGAAAUGUUGUGUCUUUAAAAAUUGGGAAUUGUGGUAUUUUUGUUCUUACAUAUGUGUUGUGUGUGAGCUAGACCUUAGUCAGUGCAUAGUGACCUCCCACAGCCCAAAGUAACAUUUCUAGAGGUUCGGAAUAGUAACAAGGUUAGUAAAUAUCAAAUAAUUUACUAAUAUUUAAGAUAUGAAAUAAGCGGGAUCUGUGGAACUGUGGGUUUCCGAGGCCAAUAUACAAGUUUUAAACAAUGUUUUAUACAGAGAUUUGUCUCAGAAACCCACUGUUAAAGAAAUAAUUUUUAACAGUGCAAUAAGCUUUGUUUGUAACGAAAUUUAGGAUUACUGUUGGACACGGAUAAGCGAGAAAUUUUUAUGAGGGACAACCUCCAUAAUCGAGAAACCCUGUUUAGCAAUAAUAUGGUGAUCCCUUGGACUCUUGCUUAUCAAUGUUCAACUAUAUUAUGUAUGAGAGAUUUUUCUUAUUAAUGCUUGUAGAUAGAAAUAAUCUCAGAAUUUUUACACUAUAACAUAGAUUAUAUAAUGUGUAUAAAUUAAUUUGUCACACAGAUGUUAAGUGGCCCCUUAGUGAUCAAUUAAUGUUUGAAUCAGGAAUUAGUAGUAUUUUCAAGUUGGUAUGAACUUGUGAUUUGUCUUGUUUUUUUUUUUGUUUAAAUUGUUACCAAUCAGUUUGUAAUCUUACUAGUUAUAUUGUGAACGUAAUUCUUUUGCAACUUUUGUCUUAUAUCAGUUGAACUUUUGCCAUAAUGAUGAUUUAAAGUAAAUUUUGUCAAUUGUUGAGAGACGGUCGGAAUAAUUUUUUUAUGUACAUUAUAAAGCUGGGAUUUGUACUAAUUAGACAUAUUUUUAAGUGUUAGUUAUUUUAGAAAAUAUAUAAUAGUAGUAUAGAUAAAUGUUUUCAUAUAUUUAGAUGUUUUGAAAUAAAUGUAUAUACACUUUUUAGUAAUAAACCGGAGGCCUCAUUAGAGUCUUAUCUUCCUUUAUAAGAAAAUGGGAAGAGGAAGUGGAUUUGAUGGAGGAGAUACAUAGUAAGGGGAAAUAUUCCCUUUCUAUGCGUUCCUCUAUGUAGAUUAAAGGUGGGCAACGCAUUGGCAAUUGCAGAUGCUUAUCGUCUCCCUUCACUAGAAUAUCUUUUUCAUAAAAUAUUUGCUUUGUUCUUCCUCUUUGUAGUAAUUUCAUCUUUGCUGGAUUUAUUCAUGUUGGGAUAUGACUCUUUACAUUGUGUAACAACUUGUAAGGAAACAUGUUUUUACUGUAAUUUACUUUGAAGAAAUACAGUUAAAUAUGUUUUUGUACAACUUGAUGGCAAUGUAUGUCUUACCGUUGGUUUCUGAGAUCAUAUUUUUUGAGAUCGGAUUUUGGUCUAAGAAACCCACGGUUAGUGUUUGGUAGAUUUUUUCGAUUUAACUAAUCUUACUCUAAAAUUAGCUAAAACUUAUUCGAUUGUCAUAUCUUUGUAUAUUUUAAGUAAC